AUGCAACAUUCACAUGCGGGAUUUCUCGAUUAUGUUUUGAAACAUAGCCAAGCGGGAAAUAUUCAAAGUGUGAUCAAUACUAUUGAUCGAUACGGAUGGACAAAGGGAUGGCUGAUGAAUAUUGGCGAUCAGAAAGGUCAAAUUCUUGACGAAGCAAUUCGUUCACGAAAGCCGAAAACAGUUCUCGAACUCGGUAGUUUUCUUGGUUACAGUUCACUAAGAAUGGCUGCUCAGUUGCCGAACGAUGCUGUGAUUAUUUGCGUAGAUAUGAAUCCAGAAACAACAGAAAUCGCUCGUGCUAUUCACAAACACGCGGGCGUUGAUGAUCGAAUUCGAUUCAUCGUCGACUCUACCGAACGUGUGAUUCCUCAAUUAACCGAAAAACUUCAUAUAAACUCAUUCGAUUUUAUUUUUAUUGAUCAUUAUGGAACACAUUAUCUACGCGAUUUUAAACUAUUGGAAGAAUAUGGUUUAAUCCGAUCGGGAACAAUGAUCGUAGCGGAUAAUGUUAUUGCACCAGGUGCGCCUGGCUAUCUACAAUAUAUUCGAAAUAAUCCAAAUUAUAGAACGAAAACUCAUGAAUCAUUUGUUGAGUAUACGAACGAUAUGGUGGAUGGGGUUGAAGUAACAGUACGAAAUUAA